CUGCCCAGUUCUCGAAUGGUGAAGUCACUGCAGCUCUUCUAGUUUUAAACUUGCUCUUUUCGGAGGGAGGACUCCACCAGGGCAUAAAACUCUCACGCCCAGAGACACACUGGUGCAUACUUUCAUACGUACACCCUUCUGAACGGUGCCGAAGGACCAGGUCUUCAUCCAAACCUAAUACACAGCACAGAGAUCAGUGGUGUCCAGACCUCAAGAUGGCAGCACAGGGAUCAGGCAUGGCCAACAAAGGUCCAUCCUACGGGCUGAGUCGUCAGGUUCAGGAUAAGAUCGAUAAGAAGUACGACCCUGACCUGGAACUGCGACUGGUUGAGUGGAUUGUGGCUCAGUGCGGCUCCGGGGUUGGAAAACCUGCAGAGGGCAAGCAGGGCUUCCAGGACUGGCUAAAAGACGGAUGUGUCCUGAGCGAGCUCAUUAACAGUCUGCACGAUGGUGAGAAGCCUAUAAAAAAGAUCCAGAGCUCACCGAUGGCCUUCAAACAGAUGGAGCAGGUGUCUCAGUUCCUUAACGCAGCCGAGGUGUACGGCGUCAGCAAAACUGACAUGUUUCAGACCGUUGAUCUCUGGGAGGGAAAAGACUUGGCGGCGGUGCAGAGAACACUGAUGGCCCUCGGCAGCAUUGCAGUAACUAAGGAUGAUGGGAAUUUCCGCGGCAAUCCUGACUGGUUCUUUAAGAAAGCUCAGGAGAACAGAAGGGACUUCUCUGAUGACCAGAUGAAAUCAGGAAAGAGCGUUAUCGGCCUGCAGAUGGGCUCCAACAAAGGGGCGUCCCAAGCUGGCAUGACAGGCUACGGUAGACCCAGACAGAUCAACCCCUAAGCUCCACUCACCCUCCCUCCCUUUUAAAAUGACCCUCAACCCUUAACAGAUCCGGUCUAAAACAUGCCAUCAGUAUUAAGUUCAACUAAACCUACAGUCAGGUGUUUCUGAAAUCCUUUAGAGCAACAAAGCUGAAUUGUUUAUCUAAUCCUGGAACAAAGUACGACCCCAACGAACGACUGUGUUACUGCAAAUGCUGAACGAACCCCCGCUUAUGAUCUUAAUACCCCCACAGAGAGUGAUUAUAAUAGCUGCAUAGAAGACGCAACAAUGAUUUUCAGGAAACCUGCAUUUGGUGGUAAAGCUCAAGCAAAUACAUACAGGUACAUGAAAUGUGCACAAAAUGUAAUUUGGCGAUUCUAAAUUGUAAGGCUGUUUUAUUCUGGUGCAGCCACUGCAGAUAUUUUUGUAUCUUGUCUAAUUAAAUGGUGACUUAAAACAAAA